AUGACCUCCCCACCCGUCCUCAUCCUCGACAAUGGGGCGUAUAACAUCAAGGCUGGGUUUGCAGGUGUGGACUGGGAGCCUCGGAUAUACCCAAAUUCUAUAGCUAGGUCUAGAGGGGAUAAGAAGGUAUAUGUGGGGGAUGAGGUUGAUUCAUGUCGUGAUUUAUCAGGGAUAGUGUAUCGACGACCUUUUGAAAGAGGAAUGCUGGUGAGUUGGGACGCGGAGAAGAUCAUCUGGGACCGUCUCUUCUCUUCAGAUGUCAUGAAUAUGACAUGUCCUGAAACCAGUCUACUAGUAACUGAACCAUAUUUCAAUCUACCCAAUAUUGCCGAGACCUACGAUCAGAUGAUCUUCGAGGAAUGGGAGUUUCAAAGUUAUUUUCGAUGUACCCCCGCGACAUUGAUGCCUUAUGGUAGUUUAUUCGAAACCGACUCACCUACUCCUCAACCACCACCUGCAUGCUCCAUCCUUAUCGAUAUGGGAUAUUCGUACACUCAUGUCAUACCUUUACGAGAUGGUCAGAUAAUCUGGGAUCAUGUCAAGCGCAGGAUAGAUGUCGGAGGAAAACUCUUGACCAAUCACCUCAAACAUUUAAUCUCUUUUAGACAAUGGAACAUGAUGGACCAAACACACGUUGUCAAUUUCGUCCGUGAGACAUGCAGUUAUGUCAGUAUGGAUUUAAAAGCAGAUUUGACCGCAUGCAAACGUGACCCACGACAUAAUCCGAUAGUACAGGAAUACGUACUCCCUGAUUUCUCACCAAAUUCUACCUCUCGAACAGGUUACAUUCGAUCCGGACCCAACGCGAACCCUCCUACAUCCACCGAUAAGCCCGAGAUGACCAAGCGGGCCAAUGUGGAGGAAGAACAAGUAUUAUGGAUGGGUAAUGAACGGUUCUUAGGACCUGAACUCUUAUUCCAUCCUUCUGACAUAGGUAUCAAUCAAAGUGGAAUACCUGAGACGAUAGCUUUGGUGAUCGCCGCAAUGCCUGAGGAAGUCAGAGGCAUGUAUUGGGCUCAUAUUGGUAUUUUUGGUGGGUUGGGGAAUAUCGAAGGAUUGGGUGAGCGACUUGAACGAGAUCUUCGAGCGUUAUGUCCGAUAGAAUAUGAACUAGGUAUAUUUGAAGCAUACGAUCCAGCUUCUCAACCAUACCACGCAGCUCAAUCCCUUAUCCAAUCAUCCACAUACCCUUCACUUCCCAUAACCCGAGCAGAAUACCUAGAAACAGGAUCUUCAAUCUGUCGUCGUAAACUAUCGGUUUUUUCUCAACCUCCAUACUCACCUCUUUCCGGGUCAGUACCAGAGAUCGUGGAUGGUGAGUUAAGUGAUGAUGAACGUGAGAGAAGAUAUGCCUUAGGUUUGAUAGAUGAGGAAAAGAAAGGUAAAAAAGGAAAGAAGAAGGAGGAUGAAGAGGUUAUCAGUGGGAAUUGGGGUGGAAGGAGAAGAAGGGCUGGUUUGGGAAUAUGAAUCACUGAGAUGUAUCAAUCAUGACUUUUUGUU